AUGAGGUGGAUUGUCUACUCCCUUUUUGUCGGCACGACAAUUGCCCAAAGUUCGCUGCUGCUUGAGCGAGCAUGUCAAAAGAAUCCACGACUACCGUUUUGCCAGGAAAUGGUGGUGUCGGCGCAUAAAGUAUCGGAUGAGGAUUUGGUGGUACCUCCGAACCCACCGCCCGCCGACCCACACGAAGAAGAACUCAUCUUCCCGCCACCAGUUCCAGAUGCUUUCACUAAAAAAUCAAACCCGCCCCCAACUAUCAGCACAACAACUAUUGAAACCGCUACUUUCCCAACCAUACUAACUACAACAGAAGACGAGGCCAAAAAGCUGCUUGAGGCUCCGUUUGGUAUGAUCCCACUGCCAAAACCUAGCGGACCCGAGCUUGACGCUAGAGAAGAGGAGAACAACGGAACAACACCAAGAACCGUCAGGAAGACGUUGGAAAGUGAUACGCACGUGCUCGUGUUCGUCUCCGAGUUCUGCGUCGUCAAUCGGGAGCGUUUUGUGCGGAGAUGUCAUGGUGAAAUUGAGCGUGAUGAGGUCGAUUUUUGUAAAUCUUAUCCGCCAGCUUGUUCCGGGACGUCAGAUGUGAUCCCGGUUUUGGGUUAUUGUGGACGCUACUUCAUGGAAUACCCAAAGCUUUGUCGGCAUUCAAAAAUACAUGAGUUGGCACUACAGUUUUGCUUUGCAUUCGAAAAAUUCUGCUUACCCGAGCUUGAAAAGAGGAAGCCGAAACGACUGGAGCAAAACACAACACCACGCCCAAAUUUGCAGCGAUGUGAGGAUGUGGUAGAUGAAGCAAGAAAGGCCUGCAACCCAUUUCCAAAACUCACCGACUCGUUCAACGUGCUGCGAUGCGCACAGUUUUUGAAGCACUGCCAGAAAUUUGUGGAUUGGCAG